AUGUCGGUCGCCAUUUCCAGCAACGAUUCCGCGCUGAAGCUGCUGUUCGCCAGCCUGCCUGAGGCCCAGAAGGAUCUUUCGGUUGACGCUGUCGCUGAUCAGAUCUCGCAGCUCACGCUCGAUGGCCAGAAGGUCGAGGGCACCAACUCGAUUGCGCAGCAGCUUGCGGCCAAGUACAACAAGGACCUGGCUGGUAAGACCGAGACGGACCAGGCCGAGGUUAGCCAGUGGAUGACCAUGUCGGCGCGGCACGGGCCCACGGAGCGCCAGGCGUUCUCGCAGACCAUCAACGAGCACCUGAACGGUAAGACAUACCUGGUGGCCAACUACCUGACCGUUGCCGAUAUCGUUGCGUUCGGAAACGUGCACGCCUACAUGGAGGGCCUGUCGGCUCAGAAGCGGUUCAACUGGAGCAACUUCUCGCGCUGGUUCGAUCUGGUGCAGCACACCGUCUCGGCCGAGGCCCUGGCUGCUGCUGGGCUGAAGCUUAAGGAGAAGAAGGCCAAGAAGGAGAAGAAGCCGCAGCCACCCAAGGCCGAGGUCAAGAUCGUGCCCUCAAUGAUCGACCUGCGUGUGGGCCACAUCACCGACGUCAAGAAGCACCCGGAUGCCGAUGCGCUGUACGUUGAGCAGAUCGAGGUGGGCGAGGAGGCCCCGCGUACGGUGGUGUCGGGGCUGGUGCGGUUCAUUCCGAUCGAGCAGAUGCAGAACCGCGACGUGGUGCUUGUGUGCAACCUGAAGCCGGCGGCCAUGCGUGGCGUCAAGUCGUUCGCCAUGGUGCUGUGCGGCACCAGCCCCGACGGCAACACGGUCGAGUUUGUCGAGCCGCCCAAGGGCAGCAAGCCUGGUGACCGCGUGUACUUUGAGGGCUUUGAGGGCCAGGAGCCCGAGCCCCUGCUCAAGCCCAAGCAGAAGAUCUUUGAGACCAUCCAGCCCGGCCUGUUCACCAACGACGACUGCGAGGCCGGCUGGUACAACGAGGACAAGAAGUUCCACAAGCUGCUGGUCAACGGCCAGGUCUGCACCACUGCCACCGUCGCCAAGGCCACGCUGAAGUAG